UAUCAUCUUCCACAUCCCCAUCCAACACUCGCCCGGUUUCUCGCUGAGCGAAAGCCUUACAAUACUCUUUCUUUCAACCAUACAUAUUAUCUCCCUUACUCCCUUUUCAAUACCUUUAAAAUGGACAAGAUCAAGGAGCGCAUGGUCGCCCUCCGCGCCGAGGCUGAUGAGGCUCACGAGCUCGUUGAUGAGCUCAAGGCCAAGGUCAAGACGCUGGAACAGGAGAAUCUGUCCAAGGAACAAGAGAUCACAUCGCUCAACCACCGUAACCAGCUUCUAGAGGAAGAGGUUGAGAAGGCAGAGACCGCCCUCAAGGAGGCUAAGGACGCUGCCAGCCAGAGCCUCCAGCACGACACUCAGAACGAGGCCCUUCAGCGACGGGUGCAGCUCCUCGAGGAGGAGGCUGAGGAGAAUGACAAGACUCUGCGGGAAACAAAUGAGAAGCUCCGCCAAACCGACAUCAAGGCUGGGCACUACGAGAGGAAGGUUCAGGCACUUGAGGACCAACACGCCAAGCUGGAGCAAAGAUAUGAGGAUGCGAUCAAGGAACACAGCACCGUGAAGAAGGAGCUUGACGACCUUGCAUCCCAGAUGGCCGACAUCUAAGCUGGUCCAAACUGGUGAUGGGUGCAGGAUAUCGGGAAACAUUUGGUUGGAUACAAGCUUCAUUCUCUGGGUUGUCGUAUGCUUUUUCAUGCUGUAACUGUUUGUGUUACGGUGGUC